UCCCUAACAUUCUCUCUCUUUGAUCAAACAAAACACACAAAAAGUGUCAAAUUAAACUACAUUUUCUUUUAUACUAGAACAUAUAAAAAAUCAUAUUAGGUCACCAUCAAAAAUUGGUGGGGUGGUGGUGGUAUAGAUGAUUAACCUGCCAUAGCCACCAUUUUUUCCGCCUCCCAAAUCUUUUACAAUGAUCUUUUUCUUCUUCAUCAAGAGAUAAGGUGAUAGAAAAUAUAUAUACUCCACUACUCAUAAUUGUUUUUUGUACAAGGAAAAAAAAAUAGUUUCAUUUUUCAUAUAUAGGUACUUUGAUAGAGGGAGUACAUUCUCAUUUGCAUAUAUUUUUUUUGAAACCCUAUAUUCUCUCUAGCUCCUCAUUUUUUUUCCUCUUCAGGAAGAGAAUAUUUUUUUCCUUCAUAGUUUCUACUUUUCAUACAUUAGUUGGGAUCUGAUCAUAUUAUUUUUUUGGGGAGAGGACCAUGAGAAAGGUUUAUUGCUUUUGUGAAAGUUAAAAAAGAGUUCGAUUCCCGAGGAAGAAUUGCUUCUCUUUUUGUCUACUAGCUUUCUAAAGUUGAAUGAGAGUUUAUAAUUCUACUACUACAUCUUUUUACACAGUGACUACUUUGAUUGAUCUGAAGCAGAUCUGUGGAACAACAACUCUAGAGGAUCAUUGUAGUUAUCAAAGGUUUUGAUUUUGUGGAUCAACAAAAUUAAAAGACAUGAAUUCUUUUACACAUGUUCCUCCAGGUUUUCGAUUCCACCCUACGGAUGAGGAAUUAGUUGAUUAUUACCUCAGGAAAAAGAUUGCAUCAAAAAGAAUUGAUCUUGAUGUCAUUAAGGAAAUUGACCUUUAUAAAAUUGAGCCAUGGGAUCUUCAAGAAUUGUGCAGGAUAGGAAGUGAGGACCCAAGUGAAUGGUACUUCUUUAGUCAUAAAGACAAGAAGUAUCCAACAGGAACUAGAACAAAUAGAGCUACAAAAGCAGGAUUUUGGAAAGCAACUGGAAGAGACAAGGCUAUUUAUCGUAAGCAUUGUUUGAUUGGAAUGAGAAAGACAUUGGUAUUUUAUAAAGGAAGAGCACCAAAUGGACAAAAAUCUGAUUAUAUAAUGCAUGAGUACAGACUUGAAACCAAUGAGAAUGGGACUCAGGAAGAAGGAUGGGCAGUGUGUAGAGUAUUCAAGAAAAAACUAGCAACAUCAAUAAGGGGAGAAGGAGAACAAUAUCAACAGGAGUCACUAUGUUGGUACAACAAUGAGCAAUUAGUCUCCAAUUUCAUCCCUGAUUUUGACUCUCCACGACGUAACAAUUUUCCAAAUAUUCCAUAUAAUACUACUCCUUCAUACCAUCACCAAUUACCCUACACCAAUAUGCAGCCUCAUAAUAAUGAUGCAUUAUUUCUCCAACUCCCUCAAUUGGAGUCUCCAAAAAUCCCUCAAUCCUAUCAUGGAAUCAACCAAAUUAAUAUAGAACAGCCCAAUUCAAUUUACAACAACUAUGAUAAUCAAGCAGUGGAUCAAGUGACCGAUUGGCGAGUACUCGAUAAAUUUGUUGCAUCUCAACUAAGUCAACAAGAUGGCAGUGCUGCUGCUUGCUCCAGCUCUCCAGCUUCUCAUGAACAACAAAUGAAUUUGCUUCAAGAUGAUAGUAUUAAUAAGGGGACAGAAAUGGCUUCAUCAGAAAUUGCCUCAUUAUCUGCUUCAAGUUCACAACUUGAUCAUCUAUGGAAGUAAUAUAAUGCUCUAAAUAUUUACUACUAAUCAUAGAAAAUAUAUGUUGAUGAAUGGAUUUGAUAUAUGUACUUAAUUGCCUCAGUUUCUGUACAUAAUAAAACUCAAAUGGUGAUGUAUUAGUGGUUUAAAAAAAUUGUACUGGUUUAUAAGACAAUGAAACUCGUAUUUAAGAAAAUCGAACCAAAAAAUAUAUAUAGAGGACCUCUAAUGCGUAUAUAUUUA